AUGUUGUGCAAUAGAUCAACUUCGCACGGUAUCAAACGGAUUCUUCGGCAUGUGUCUCAAAUCCGAUGGAAUCAUGGUAGUUCCUUACCGGAGCCAUAUAUUCGGAACAUAGGCAUCCUCGCACACAUCGAUGGUGGCAAAACAACCACCACUGAACGUAUGCUGUUCUAUUCCGGGAAGACCAACGUUCUUGGAGAAGUCCACCAUGGCAACACAGUGACGGAUUUCCUAGUACAAGAACGAGAGCGAGGUAUAACGAUUUGUAGUGCAGCGGUGAGUUUCGACUGGCGGGACUAUCGAAUAAAUCUGCUAGAUACACCCGGGCACAUUGAUUUCACGAUGGAAGUGGAACAGUCGCUUGCGGCCGUCGAUGGCACCGUAGUCAUACUGGAUGGAUCAGCUGGUGUGGAAGCGCAAACCGUCACGGUUUGGAGUCAGGCCGAUCGACACAAACUUCCGCGGCUAGUUUUCAUCAACAAGAUGGAUAAAGACAACGCGGACUUUCACGGUUGCUUGCAGGACUUGGAAAAAAAGCUUGGGAUAGUUCCUGUUCCGUUGCAAUUACCAUUAAUUGAACAUGGUAAACUUGCUGGAGUAAUCGAUAUCUUGACUGGAACACAGGUUGUUUGGGACAAACAAUCAAACGGUCGUACGUACAAAAGUGUUCCUCUGUCUGAGAAGCGGGAACUUGAUGUACGGAAUAGUUUAUUGGAAAUCAUUGAUAUUCUGUCCGGAAUAGAUGAUGAUUUGGCGCAAUCAAUCAUAGAUUCGGACAGCAUGGAGAAUAUUGAUCCAGAGCUGGUGUUGCGUGCAAUUCGAAAAUGUACUUUGAAACAGCAGAUUGUGCCUGUUCUCGUGGGAUCGGCAUACAAAAAUAUUGGGAUUCAACUUCUUAUGGAUGCAGUCCUAAAACUUUUACCGGCUCCAAAUGAAAGAAACGAAGUUUUCAACUGUUUUGGCACCGACUUUGUAGGAAAGGUUUUCAAAGUAACUCACGACAAACAACGAGGUCCGUUAAGUUUGAUUCGGGUUUUCCGAGGUAGUCUCAAGAAGGGUUCAAAAAUUGUGACUGACAAAGGAACUUCGGAAACCGUUCAAAGAAUGUACGCACCCUGGGCAGACGAAUAUCGGGAAAUAUCUUCAAUUAGUGCCGGAAACAUAGGUUUAUGUGCUGGUCUGAAAUCAACGGUAACCGGAGAUCUAGUGGUGGUCAAUGUUUCUGUUUUGAGAAAUGCACUAAAAAAACUUAACAAAGACAAUGCGAGCUCGGAAGACAGUGACGAUGAGGUGCUAGCAACGAAACUUUCCUUUCAAACUGUUGUUCCGGACGCAGUAUACUUUUGUUCUAUUGAACCUCCAUCGUCAGCAUACCAAGUCGCUUUGGAUAAUGCUCUGAAGGAGAUCCAGCGUGAAGAUCCCAGUUUGCGUAUUACCUACGACGAAACUACUAUGCAGACCGUCUUGGGCGGCAUGGGCAAGCUUCAUCUGGAGAUUAUAAAAUCAAGAAUUCUUUCAGAGUACAAAAUCGAUGUUGAUUUGGGCCCUCUGCAGAUAGCUUACAAGGAAUCUUUGGAGGAAUCAUGUCGUGAUUCUUGGACGGCCGAAAAAGAAAUCGCUGGUAACAGGCAGUUGGUUCGAAUGGAACUGACAAUCCAAGGUAACAAGUGCGACGAGAGGUUCCGCCUAGAUAAUUCUCCCGAGGCCCAGGAAAACUUGAAAUUGAUACGACCAAAGCAAAUGUCGUUCGUUAAGAAAGGUGCAUUCGCCGCUUUGGAGCGUGGCCCCAAGUUGGGAGGUCAGUUAAUGGACGCUUCCAUCAUUUUGCAUCAGCUGACGAUUGGAAAGGGUACGGCGGAUACCUUCAUAAUGGCUGCCGCGGCCCAGUGUGUCAGGCAUGUUCUUUCGAUGGCAAAAUGCCGCUUGAUGGAACCGAUAAUGUUGCUAGAGAUCGUAAUGCCUUCCGAAUAUCUGAAUGCCAUUCAAGCGGAUUUGAAUCGAAGACGAUGUACGAUACUGGACGUCACUUCGCGAGGACAAUUUCACAAGGUACUACGGGUGAAUGCACCGCUUGCCGAAUUGGAGGAUUAUUCAAGUGAAGUUAGGUGCAUCAGUUCCGGGACUGCCAGUGUAGCUAUGGAACCGAACGGGUAUGCGUUACUGAACGAGAUGGACGAGGCAAGUGCUGUUCGGCGGGCCCACGGUUUAGAGUAGUGUUUGUAGGUUCAAUAUACUAAGGAAGUAAUGUAUUGAAAUGCUGAAAU